AUGAAUGCCAUCAAAGUCUGCAAGAAGCAUCAAUGCGGUGGGAUGUGGAAAACUGCCCGUUCAAACGAAAAUAAGAGUGCAUCAUCUACUUUUGUUUUCUGUUCUUCAGCUAAUUUCUUUGUUUGGAUGGGUGACACCUCAAAAAAAAAGUCAGGUUCGAUAGCAGGACAACAAUGGGGUUGGUCCAGUCGGAUGGGGCAAGUCGUACCUCAGUACUUUGGUGUGCUUGUACUAGAAGGCUGCUUCCAAACCCGCCUCUCCAACAAAGUGUACACAGAGCCCAGGGAAUUGAUUCCAUGUGAUGUAAAAGCACAACUUUUGGUCGAAAUGAAUAAAUUGAGACCUUUAGAGAGAAUUUUUUUCUCCAAAAAAGUAGUAUUAUGGGUACCCUCAACAGAAAGACUAGAAAAACUUUUUGUGACUGUUCCCUUAAAUAAGGAACUACAGCAUGUGUUUCCGCUAUUUGGCCUUACUGCCAGUGGUGGACCGAGAACAAACCUUAGUACACCAAAAACUAUCAACAAAAGAAUCGUUUGCAUCAUUUACGAGAUAACCAGGGAAACCCGAAGCUUAAUUUGGAGCGGCUUUAAAGUACCCAUGAAAGGCGAAGAAGAUAAUGAAAUCGGAGACAAAAUUUUGGGGCCUGCUUUCAAUAAAAAUAAUAAUAAAUUACAGUUUUUAAAUACAGGACAAGGAUUUUAUGAGAAAAGGUGUUUAAUAGUGAUUUUUUUACUGCCAAAAGCGUUUUUACAAUUCUGA